AUGGCCCAGAGGCUGGUGGUCCGGCGGCUGCUGUCCCUCACCUCCAAGACACUGCCCCCACAGGGCUCUCUGGCACCCCGUGCUCCCCCAGCACCUCCUGGCAGGACCUUCAGCACCUCAGCAAGUUGCAGGAGCACCUUCAAUGUGCAGGAUGGCAGCGACUUCCAGGACCGGGUGGUCAACAACCCCAAGCCCGUUGUGGUGGACUUCCACGCACAGUGGUGUGGCCCCUGCAAGAUCCUAGGCCCCAGGUUAGAGAAGAUGGUGGCCAAGCAGGAGGGGAAGGUGCUGAUGGCCAAAGUGGACAUUGAUGAUCACACAGACCUUGCUAUUGAGUAUGAGGUGUCCGCAGUGCCAACCGUGCUGGCUAUGAAGAAUGGAGACGUUGUGGAUAAGUUUGUGGGGAUAAAGGAUGAGGAUCAGCUGGAGGCAUUCCUCAAGAAACUCAUCGGAGCCUGAAGUAAAAGGGUGGCUAUACCUCUGCCUCUGGACAUGUCCACAUCGUGCAUUCCGUGCUAGGGAGAGCUGAACUGCCUGCCUGGGGUUUUCUUCUGGUUUGUUUUUUUUUGGGAUGGAUGGUGUUGUAAUCCUUCCCUCCCACUCCCCCUUCUCUCGAGCAGCAGUAGUUGUAAAAAGCGCCGAGGAGCAGGGCUGCUUAUUCUCAAAAUGGGGAAUGCAGCUGGAAUUAGGAGCUCUUUGUUUAUCAGCAAAGAGCUGACGUGCAGAGCUGCUGCUGAGUUAAGAGGAGGAAUGUUUUUCUCUUUGCCUAGCAUCUGAUAGCCCAGAGCAGAGGGCAGCUGCUCCCUGCAAGAUGUGGGUACAUACCUACCCUGGGUGGGUUUGUUUAAAACUGAGAAUGCCUCUGCCUUGUCUGUGAAACCUAUCUCUUUGUCCCUCUGUUCUUGUGUUGCUGGGACAGGUACAACUCCUCCACAAAUCCAUGGGCUCCCAUAGUAAUUUUUUAAGAGAAAAUAGAAGUAUUUUAUGGAUCUCCUUUUGUAGGCCUAUAUUAAAGAGAAAUUUAUCGGUCACUGCUGUCUAGCUGGAGAAUAAAACUUAAUUC